AGAUCUAGCUAGACUGGUGGCCGUUUGACUCAUAUCAGCAAUAUUUUAUCUAUAAUGCGAGCGAACUGUCAAACUAAAAGUGCAUAUAAGCCUGUCAGGAUAUGUGAUAGCUUAUGCCAAUCGAAUGUAAUACAAAUUCAAUUCAAUUCAAUUCAACAUUUUCUAUAGGUUAUUUCUUAUCUUCCAGAAGGUUACUAUGAUUGGCCAUGUAAGGCCUUCUUCCAUUAGAAAAUAGAUUCAAAUUAGUUUGAGGAUUUCAAAGAGUGCCCAACCCUAGAAGGCUAUGUCCUAAUAGCAAUUUCAUGGCGUGCACACUUCAAUAACUUAAUGGAUCGGGGCGCUUCAGUUGUCUUCUAACAGAUUCCAGUAAGGUAGCCAACCACCCCCCAUCACCCCACGUCCCACAGAGAGAUAUCCUAAGAGAUGGUGGAAUGUUAAAUCUUCUCAUUCUGAACUCAUUCUUGCCAUAUUUCAUUCCAUUCGUGUCGGACAACGAUGCGUCCUUGAUAACCUUUGCAUGAUAUGGCAGUGAGCAAGGAUGUCUUACGGGAAGACAGCGAAAUUACAUAACAAGGAUGCACAUGCGAUGGGAGGGAGAGGAGUGAGUGCGGGCUUGCGCGCGCACCAGCGCCUGCGUACCCUUCGUCGCAGCCUAUUGUAGGCUACCUCGUCCUGUCAUCGGACAAGACUCCGGUUUCCUCAAACAUGGAAAUAUACCUACUCCACUGCUCACACGCUGCGUUGGUCUUGUCGAAAACGGCACAUCAUGGCGAUUGAGGGUGAGUGGCAAAGUUUAGUUACUAUGACACAUGUUAUUGCCGUUCUUCGUAUGGGACAGACCUGUGUUUAUUCAGGUUGUGUCAGGACCUGCACCAACCUGGUUGUUGACAGAUUCAAACUGAAUAGCGUGAAGUUUACCUUGGGCUUGCAAUCGAUCGUUUCCUGUUGCUGCGAAACGGGGAGGUUCAACUGCAUUGAUGCAGACCUUGUCCUGUGACGGCGUAUUGCGAGUGGUACUGAAUGAACAGCACCCGUAGGCUGCUAAGAGAGAAGUUCAGCUCAGCAAAAUUGACAGGCGUCGGAAACGUUAGAUAAUAUCUUACCGGAUGUCUUGUUUUACUGCCACUAAAAUAUACAAUUUUUCAAUAUGGAACAUUUGACUUUAUCAUCUGAUUCGGCCUCUGUAAUUUAUGUUUUCGACAUGUACAGUACAAUCUAUGCCACAUUUACCUAGAUACAAGAUACAACAUCAGUCAUUUUGGUUAGUUGCUGUAUGAGUGUAUAGGGGUAGUUUGAAUGCUGUUUAUUUUGCUGUUGGACUCCCCACGGGAACAAGCCUUCACUAACCCAAGUAAAUAUGUCAAAUACCCUAAGUGUUGUCCAGUGAAACCGUGACUCCCAGGUGUCUAGUCCCCUACAGGCCGCCCAAAAACAGUGAGACAUCACUGCCUGGCCUCAGAAUGAAUUGAGUGAUUUAUGCUUAAAAGAUUGAAAUUGUUGUUUAAGGCACCCAAAGAAUAUUUGAAAGACAUGUUGCUACAUAAGAAGUCACAAUGAGAAGAUAACCACCUGUGUCUGACCCAUCUGACUAAACCUAGGUGAAGUUUGUCUAAAAUGUGUAAUGCAGAUUAACUUUAUGUUACUCUGAUGUGUUGUUCCUGUCUCCACUGUCGCCAAUGUUAAGAGAAAUCUUAAAUCUUCGCUCAAGUGCAGACUCCACUGGCAAUAAAGAAGUUAAGGCGAGCUUAUUUGGUUGAUACGUUUCAUACACAAGGAUAAUUAAAGUACUGUAAGAAGGCAUAACAACAGAAAGUGAAAUGAAUCAGGGUUGUUUUUUUUCUUUUAAAACUACAAAAAUAAAACAACACAAAUUAGUGUAGAGUAUAAAACAUUGAGAAGAAAAAAGUUAAAAAAAAAAGAGAAAAAAAUGUGUAAUGCAUAACAACUUGGGAAAGGUUAAGUGCAGAAGGUACUGUAUGUAUUAAUCUAUUCUAGUGCUUUAAUUGGCAGUAUAUGUAACAUCAUUCUGAUGAGGAGCAUAAUAAUCUGUAUGCUGCUUCAGUGUUUGGGCACCAUGGUGUCAUGCACGUAUGUUCUGAAGAAAUUAAGACAAAAUGUGUCGGUCGUAUUGGCAAAAAAAGAAUCGUUCAGGUCUGCCCAGAAUGAACCAUAUUUAGUUAAAUGUCCGCCCUAUUUAAAUAUCCUCUGGUGGCUCUGCUUUUGACUGGGCGUAUGCCGUCCGCUGUUUUUACACUCAUUGGCUCCAACUCUACAGGUGCCAGCGUGCCACCUUCAGAGCAGAUGAAGACCACCUGCUGAAUUGACACUGAAUGAGCAUGAGAAAUGCUUUGCCGUCCAUGAACGUUUUGUAUCAAGAUAAAGGCACUUCUAUAACCUGUAGACAAAGAAAGUUUUUGAUAGCUCAAUCAUUGGAACCCUACCACACUCUACAUGCAGCAAAAAAGGGAAGGGGUAUAUGUACAUAGUGAUGCAUUUUUGUAAAUGUAGUAUGACAAAGACCAUUCAUAUGAUAUUGUGACGACCUAAGGCAGGCUAUGUAUGUUAGAACUCCUUAGGGGUCAGCGUAACACCACGUGGCCUUGCUCUGGACCGCUAUGCAGGCAGAGCUAAAUUCGGUUACAGCUGACACAGGAAUUAUUAUGUAGACUUUCCAUAGCAGAGAGAGAGAGAGAGAGAGAGAGAGAGAGAGAUCAACACCUGUGCAGUCAGGAAAACAGAACAGAAGUAUUGCAUAAGUUUUGCAAGUUUAUUUUUUCCUGACAAUGCAGACUGCAAUUGCGCAUUGCAUACUUCAUUUAAUUCAAUUGCAUCUCUGCAGAUUGAUCUAAAUGGUUGGGCUUACACACCUGUUGUGACCAACUAUUUCAACAGAUCAGUCUAGACAACCCUAACAGUCAGGUAUGUCAAACAGAUGUACAGGUAAAGCAUCAUAUGCCCUAACAACAACUGGGUUCUUCAUAGGAGGGGGGCGGAGUUGUGGCGUCCAUGAACUCAUCUGUGCCAGAAGAGUGUCUCCUGAGUUGCUAGGCAUCCUGUCCUCCAUAGCUGUCUUCAUGGCGGUGAUUGCUCUUUUUUUCCUCUACCUCAGUAACAAGCUGUCCGUGGAGAACACCAGUGAAUUCUCCUGCUAUGAUGAGUACAGGAAAGACUUGAAGGACAGAGGCACUGAACAGGGUUCGUCAGAGAGCGAGGAGGAGAGGGCGUGGAGACACAGCGAAUCGGCCUCACAGCCUCAGAAAACAUCUGGCUGGGGCAACAGUGGCAGCAAACACUCCGAGAAAGAGGCCUACAACAGCAAAGCCCUGGCACAACAGGCUAAUAGCAUCCAGCGAAUGAGGCACUCCAAACAGCUGAACGAGCUGCAGCCACCCCCCUACAAGCCUUCAUCUCAGCAGCAGUCUCGUCAGACCCGCGCCCAGGACUCGGAAGAGGAGAGUGAAGAGGAGGAUGAGGAUGAAGAUGAGGAGGAGAGCGAGGAAGAAGAGGAGAGUGACGACCCUGACUGCCAGAAAGAGGACGUCCCCAGCGACAGCACUGCGGUCCUGGGCCCGGAGGACACCUCAGUGCCUCCUCUUCCUGCAGGGUAUGAGCCGGAGGAGCUGGGGAAGUACGGAACGCUGGACGUGGCCUUCGAGUAUGACUCAGGCGAGCAGCGCCUGGCCGUGACGGUCACAGCUGUCACCGACAUUCCUGCCCUGAAGAGCACGGGCAAUGUGUCCUGGCAGGUCCACCUGGUUCUCCUGCCUACAAAGAAACAGCGAGCCAAGACUGGAGUUCAGAAGGGGCCAUGCCCUGUGUUUACGGAGACCUUCCGCUUCUCACGGGUGGAACAGGAGGCCCUGGGGAACUACGCCGUGCGGUUCCGCCUCUACAGCGUGAGGAGGAUGAAAAAGGAGAAGGUGCUGGGGGAGAAGGUGUUUUACCUCACCAAGCUCAACCUGCAGGGCAAGAUGGCUCUACCCGUCACUCUGGAACCAGGGUCAUCUGUCACGGGCUGUGGGUCUAUGGUGAGCGUGUCCCGCAGCAUGGGGGCGCUGUCCUACCGCUCCAGCGGCGACUCCGCCUCACCUGAGCUCCUGCUGGGUCUCCUCUACAACUCCACCACCGGCCGCCUCUCCGCAGAGGUCAUCAAGGGGAGCCACUUCAAAAACAACACUUCCGACAAACUGCCCAUUGGCCUGUUCUGCUGCAUAAAGCAGUUCAUUGGAGGCCAACUCUAUAUCAUGCGAGACACCUACGUAAAGCUGAUCAUGCUGGACUCCAAGGGCAAGCAGAUGUCCAAAUGCAGGACGUCGGUGUGCCGCGGUCAGCCCAGCCCCACCUACAAGGAGACCUUCGUCUUCCAGGUGGCGCUGUUCCAGCUGUCGGAGGUGACGCUGCACCUGUCCGUCUACAGCCGCCGCAGCAGCAUGAAGAGGAGAGAGCGUCUGGGCUGGGUGACGCUGGGCCUCAACAGCGCCAGCGAGGAGCAGGAGGAGCACUGGAGCCACAUGAGGGAGUCGGAGGGGCAGCAGGUGUGCCAGUGGCACACCCUCCUGGACACCUGAACCGCAGCAGGGACUGGGGAAAACACCAACAGCGCAGUGAAGCCUAAGAGAGAAGGGACAGCUGGGGAUUGGGAUUGGGAUUGAAGGUUUGUUAAUCUUGUACUUCCAUCAGUGGGGCUAAACGGGCGUGUGAGUGUUUGAGGAGUCCACGUACCAAUGAGAGAAUCAGGUGCCUGAUGGUUCCUGGUGAUUCCGUGAAGAUGUUGAAAAACAUGCCUGUCUGGAACUGCAGACUGCUGGUUUCGGUGUUCUCCUCCCUCUGAAACUCUCUGAGACUGAAAACCCAUGAUGUGAUAACAGAGAGAGAGAGAGAGAGAGCGAGAGUGAGAGAGCGAUGUCUGAAGUCAUUGGGGAGAAACAGCAGCAGAACUCCUGACCUCCUGAACUCUUCUCCGUGUGACUACACGUACUGUAGCCUACCUGCUACACACCCCCUUCAGCCUACCAGCUCCCCCGGACCAGAUGGACCGUCUUACGGCUCUAUUUCCUGUUCUGUACAUGGGCGUAAGGAUUUCUAUGUGAGCCCUUCCAUGCAACCUCAGACCAGAUGGGUUCAUUGAGGUCACAGUUAUGCAAUAUCUCCUCCCUUCCACACUCAAGUAUGAAAGUGCAUGCGACUCAUAGUGAUUUAGGGACAGCAUCAUGCAUACGUCAUCAAACUUGUUUUCAGAGAUUUUGCUGUACGCUGUAGGACCAAAGACCACGUAAACCACACUGAACAGCUACGCUUUUAAAACAACACAUUCAUAAGUUCGGUGUCAGACCAGCUAAUGCAGCCCAUCUUGAACUAGUUUAGAGGUCGUGGGGAGUCAAAUCAAGACCAGCAAAUAUUCAUAUCUGCCUCCCCUGACAUAUGGUAAUGAUUUACUAUAUCCUGUUUACAUGUAAAAGGGAUACAAUUAUGCAUAUUUCUAUGGCUUUCUAACUGACUGAUGUCACUGCGGUACCCGUGUUUCUAUGUAGCGUACGUUUGGGGUCUGAUCACCACUUACCUCUGGUUUUGGUCAUGAAAUGCACAAUCUGUUUUAAAAUUGAAAAGAAAUAAUUUGACUGAUUGUUCUUUUUGUCUUGUUUUGACCACAGAUUGGUAUUCUUGUCUUUUAAACCAUGUAUUACAUCAUGUAUCAAAUCAUGUUUACAGAAAUUGUUGGAAUUUCCUUGUAUGUAAUUAUUAUUGUAUGUAAUUAUUAAAUCAAAGUCUCUUUGCAACAAAUGGCAGCUUGUCUUAUGCUCUAGAAAAAUACACACAUAAGUACACACAUUGCAAGACCUGAUCUAGGGUAAACAUCUAUAAUGUCUAACUCAGACCAGUUGUGUUCACAGUCACUUCUCUGUGUUUUGUUGUGGUGAAAGCGAGUGAGAGGAAGUAAACACAAACAGUGCUGGAGUUCCUUGUUCCUAUUUCUUCUGAUUUUCCAGGAUGCCCUUUUUCAAAAAAAGAUUAACC